AUGUCCAGUCCAGCCAAGAAACGCAAACUCAACUCGGGCACAAAACAAUCUUUUUCUGUUCCUAGCAGAGGUCUUGAGUACUUUUUCGCUAAACAAAAGCAGAAUGGGGCUUCCAAGGAACCAUCUCCUUUGCCCAAGGAAUCCGACUCACAGCCUAUUCAGCAAGGGUCGUCAGAAGAGCAUUUGAAUGAUGAGGAGCUUGCGCGAAAGCUGCAGGCCGAAUGGGAUGCUGAAGCAAGGGCCUCAUCAACACCGAGGGAAAAUGAUGUUCGCUCGCAGGAUGUCGCAGUGUCGGCAACAGAGCCCGUGGACACAGAUGGCGUUGAACCAACCAAUGAGUCAAAUCCACAGACAGUAACCGCACCACCCAAGGCUGACCGGCCCAAAGGGAAGAAUACAUUGUCACUCUCUUCCGCAGCCGCUACAGAAGACCAGGCAUCGGCAUCUAUUCCUCUUGACGAAAGUCCCUUGACCUUCAAUCCAUCCAAGUACAUCCACCAGCUCCAGGAAUCGUGGGCCACUGAUAGAGGUGAUGCGUCCUACGCCCUCCUUAUACGAUGCUUUGUCUUGGUUAGCAGCACCACAAGCAGGAUCAAAAUUGUCGACACGCUAGUCAACUGUGUCCGAUUGUUGAUUGAGGGAGAUCCGUCCAGCUUGUUGCCCGCAGUAUGGCUGGCAACGAACGCAAUUUCCCCACCGUACGUGUCUAUGGAACUUGGUUUGGGUGGUUCUGCUAUCUCAAAGGCUCUCAAACAAGUGUGUGGCCUCGACAACAGGUCGCUCAAAGCACUUAACGAUAAGCUGGGUGACCCGGGCGAUGUUGCAUUUGAGGCAAAGAAGAAACAAAGCUUCACUCUACGAAAGCCAAAACCGUUAACAAUCAAGGGGGUCUUCCAGUCACUAGUCAAAAUCUCCAAGACUCAGGGGCAGGGCAGCGGUGAUGUAAAGCAACGGAUUGUUGACAAACUGCUCCAAGAUGCUCGCGGAGGCGAAGAAAGCAGAUAUGUCGUCAGGACAUUAUGUCAACAUGUGACUGUCAAAACCACUAUGCUCAUCGCCCUAGCUCGAGCUUUUUUGCUUUCCAAACCUCCAGGCGCGAACAUCCCGACGAAAGACCCAAAUCAACUGGCAAGGCUGAAGAAAGAGGAGCUAGCCGAGGUAUAUGCGAAGGCCGAGGAAAUUGUCAAGGCCUCGUAUGCCCGACAUCCAGAUUACAACGACCUUGUCCCGGUACUGCUCGAGAUUGGCGUGUCUGAGGAGUUAUUGGUGCGAUGUGGUCUAACACUUCACAUUCCGCUGCGGCCCAUGCUUGGGGGCAUCACCAGGGACUUGUCAGAAAUGCUCUCUCGACUUCAAGGGCGUGAUUUCGCUUGCGAGUACAAGUAUGACGGCCAACGUGCCCAAAUCCAUUGUGACGAGAGGGGAGUUGUCUCCAUCUUUUCCCGCCAUCUAGAACUCAUGACAGACAAAUACCCCGAUCUCGUCGCGCUCGUUCCCAAAAUUAGGGGUGAAGAUGUCCAGAGCUUCAUCAUGGAGGGCGAAGUGGUCGCCGUGGACCGGGCCACAGGCGAGCUGAAGAAUUUCCAGACGUUAACGAACCGUGCCAGAAAAGACGUUGCGAUAGGGACCAUCACUAUCGACGUGUGUCUGUUCGCAUUCGACCUCAUGUAUCUCAAUGGACAACCACUCCUCAACAGAUCUUUCCGAGAACGACGAGACAUGUUGCGAUCACUCUUUGUGGAGAUACCGCACCAUUUUACAUGGGUCAAAAGCAUCGAUGCGACAUCCCAAGAGUCGGAAACAGUCCUCGAGUUCUUCAAGUCGGCCGUUGAUAGCAAGUGUGAAGGUAUCAUGGUCAAGAUUCUCGACAAUUUACCAGAGCUUGAAGCCCUUGGGCCUGACGACAAUACCAACUCAAUAAUUCCCAAAGAGCAGAAGCAAUCGCGCCGCAAACCCCUCCUAGCAACUUACGAACCCGACAAGCGUCUCGACUCCUGGCUUAAAGUCAAAAAGGACUACAUCGGCACCUCGGCCGGCGUCGACACGCUGGACCUAAUACCCAUCGCCGCCUGGCACGGCACCGGCCGCAAAGCCAAGUGGUGGUCACCAAUCCUGCUAGCCGUGCGCAACGAAGAAACCGGCUCACUAGAAGCAGUUUGCAAGUGCAUGUCGGGCUUCACCGAUUCCUUCUACAAAGCCAACCGCGAAGUCUACGACAAGGACGGCUCCUUCAGUUCCGAUGGGGAGCCCAGGAAUGUACAUGUGGCGAAGCCGGGAUUUGUCGAGUACGCGGGAGGCAACCCGGAUGUGUGGUUUGAGCCGCAGGAGGUGUGGGAAGUGGCGUUUGCGGAUAUCACGAUUAGUCCGACGUACACGGCGGCGAUUGGGUUGGUGCGGGAGGAUAAGGGGCUGAGUUUGAGGUUUCCGAGGUUCUUGCGCAAGAGGGAGGAUAAGGGAAUUGAGGAGGCGAGUACGAGCGAUUUUUUGGCGGGGUUGUGGAGGAAGCAGGAGGUGAAGACACCCGCACCGCCGCCGGUCGAGGGUGGAAGGGAAAUUGAUGAAGCGGGUUUGGAGAAUGAGGAUGAGGAUCACGAUGAGGAUGAGGAUGGAGAAUAG